AGGUGGAGGUGCAGGAGGAGGAGGAGCAGCUUCCUCACAGCGGAAGGAUCUCCUGCAGGACAAUGUGAGAGUGCAUCCACUUAUAGCAAAAGCAGCCAGGAUGGAACCACUGGGGAUCAUUUAACACCCUUUUUGUGUAGUGAAAAUCACAAUUUAGUUGCAAAAACCCCCUUGGAUUGUGUGACCCAGAGGAACCGGCAGCAGCAGCGAUGAGAGCUCUGCGCUGAGGCCGAGAAUAGAGCGCCUUGCUGGGCCACGACUAGGGAGAAAGAUGGGUGUCGUGCUGCGGAGCCUGUUGUUGUGUAGUUUCUGUAUUCUCAUACGAGGCGUGCCGCUGCUGCUGUAUGCGAACCGGCGGGACCUCCGUCUGGUGGACGCCGCCCACGAGAAGCACAACUCCUCGGUGGUGGUCGGGGGUCUGGAGGACGCCGCGGCCGUGGAUUAUAUCUACGACCAGGGCCUCAUUUACUGGAGCGACGUGAGCGAGGAGGCCAUCAAACGCACCGUGUUCAACCAAUCAGGAGCCAGCGUGGUGCAGACGGUGGUGCCGGGACUCGUGUCGCCCGACGGCAUCGCCUGCGAUUGGAGAGGAAGGAAACUCUACUGGACCGACUCGGAGACGAAUCGGAUCGAAGUUUCUGAGCUGGACGGGAAGCUGAGGAAGGUUUUAUUCUGGCAGGAGCUGGACCAACCCCGAGCCA